AUGAUCGUGCCCAAUCUUUCAACCUGGCCUUACCUAGAUUCACCUUGGGAUCUCUUCCAGGAAUGUGACCAUUACAAUAGCACUGUCGACGGAAAUCUGGGAGCUUGCAUCAUUGCUCACUUGCUGGGCAUCGUUUCCGCCUACAUAUUUCCCUUUGUUGGCAUCUUUGGCAUAAUCUCAAACAGCCUCGUCGUCUAUGUCUUCUUUUUUGUCUUCCGCAAACCCAGUCGACAGAUGAUAUACCUAGGUUGUAUUUCUGGGGUCGACAUCCUGACACUCAUCACCUUCGGCUGGAUCUGGCUAUUUCCCUCCAAAGGCCUUCCCUAUGCUACAUUUGGUCGGGUCUACUUUUUCGUCUUUAAUGUCGGCGAUGUGUCCUGCAAACUCUUUCGCUACGCCUACUCCUUCACAGCCAGCCUCAGUUCGUCACUCUUUCUGGUAACUGCGGUCGACCGCUGUCUCAGCAUUUACUUCCCCCUUACCUUUGGUCGACUGCCCAGGCGACGCGCCUGGGAGGCGGUCCUCGUAACUACCCUAAUCAGUGCACUUCUCAUGCUACCGUUUGGUAUUAUGGUGCGGCAAGGCUAUUCGCAGGGCAAGAUAAUUUGUUGGGUGUUCGAAGAGAAGACAUUUCUACAGAUUUAUCAUGUCCUACUGUCCAACAGUUGUCUCCUCCAGACCCUGCUCGUCAUAGCUGUCAAUAUAGCUUUGGUGAUUCGCCUAAAGCGCGCCGUCCUGCAACGUGAGUCAAUGUCCAAUCAUGCUAACACCAACCGCGAGAUCGCAGCCUCAAUGCUGCUGGUUAUUCUUUCAGCUGCUAUGGUCAUGGCUGCCCUGCCACAGUCCAUUGCCUAUGCACUGUCCAGCAUACUCUCUGAGGUGCUGCAGGAGGAGGAGGAGGGCCGAACGAUCGUCAGACUGGUCUACAACAUUUCCGACCUGUGUUGGCACAUACUGUUUCUGCAACAGGCCCUGAACUGGGUGCUCUACAUGAAACGGAUGAAGAACUUUCGACAGCAGACUCUCAGACUGCUACGAUGCCGGUGUUCUCCAACUCGUGGUCUGCAUGAAGAGACCUUCAGUUCUAUUCGCGUCAUUACCAAGAAGGUGCGACUUUCCGUGGUUGAGUCCUUUAGGGAGGAGAGAGGCAAAAAAGUCUUCGUUAAGAAGGCAUCCAAUAUGAAUAAAACGAAGUGUCUCGAAAAUUUCCAGUGCGACGGUGUAAUUAAACUGCAGGGUUACACUACUAGGGAGCGAGAUUUGUCGCUUGAACGGACUUUUUCAGAAGGAGAAGAAAUUACUGUUUCUACAAAAUUUUAA